AUGCCUUCUCUUCAGAAGCUCAUGGUCAUCGCGACCGCCAGCGUCGGCGCCCUUGCUGCCAGCAGUGACUGCACCACGGAUAUCACCAUCGACACUCUGAACCCCACAUUCGACUGUGAUACCAUCGAUGCCAAGGUCACCGUCUCCCCUUCUCUGCAGGGCAACCUUCAGAUCGACGGCCCCAAGGUCUUCAAGCAGGACUUUAUUGUCAGCAACACUUCCAGCCUGCUCGGCAUCUCGUCCUCCUCCCUCACGAGCAUUGGCGGCAACUUCCAGGUCCAGGAUGCGGGCCUACUCGCCAGCAUCAGCCUGCCGAAGCUCACCAAGCUGAACAAGCUCAACUUCGCUCGCCUGGGCCAGCUCUCUACUCUGCAGUUCUCUUCGUCUGGUGUCAGCGAGGCCAGCACCGUCAACAUUGCCGAUACCUUCCUCAGCGACAUUAGUGGUCUCAACCUCGCUACCGUCGAGAGCCUGACCAUUAACAGCAACAAGAGACUCACCAAGUUCGACUCCAACCUCGUCAACAUCACCAACACGCUCAUUCUCACCGAGAACGGCAACGAUAUGCAGGUCAACCUCACUGAGCUCCAGUCUGCCUACGAGAUCCAGAUUUCCGGCGUCAAGAGCCUCAGCACGCCCGCCCUCGAGCAGAUUCAGAACAGUAUCAGAUUUGAGACCAACCCUAACCUCGAGACCUACGAGGCUGCCAACCUUACCAGCGUCGGUACCUCCAAGAACGGUGGUUCCGUCUCCUUCAUCAACAAUGCCAAGCUCGCCAACAUCUCGUUCCCUUACCUCGCCACCAUCUCUGGUGAUCUGACUGUUGUCAACAACACCAAGCUGGACGAAAUUACUGGUUUCCCCGAGCUCAAGAGCGUCGAGAACAUGCUCCUUGGCGGAUCCUUCGAGAAGGCUGAACUCCCCAAGCUCGACGACGUCAAGGGUACCAUCAACGUCAAGUCCACCUCCAACCUGACCGACGUCUGCAAGUUCUUCAACGGUCUCAAGGGCAAGGUCGUCCAGGGCAAGGUCAACUGCCAGGGUGGUCUCGACAACAAGACGGCUAACGACCAGAACGGCCUCAACAAGACCGGUAGCUCCGGCAACGGUGGUAGCGGUGCUGGUACUCCUAGCUACAGCACGGCCGCCAUCUUCCUUGGUCUCAUUGCUGGCGCUGCUCAGCUUCUGUAA